CAAAAUCUUUGACGAAUUUUGGAUACACACGACGCUGAAAGAACAGCCAAACUAGUCAUGUAUUCGAAAGCUUGUUGUUGACAGCCAAGAUGUUCUGCCAAAUUGCUUCGCCGGCAAAAGUCUUAUUUCUAAUAUCAGGUCCUACCGGCGUUGUUUUCUGAGCUACAUCGCCUUCUUCGUGGUAUGAUUGAGAAUUUAAUUGUUGCUGUUAUUAGCCCGUUAGUCGUUAGAGUAUAUCCGCGUCCAGCAAGUUAAGACCUUGACAAAGCUUGGCAGUCAAGCCGUGCACAGAACUGACUAAUUAAAUCCUUGUUUGCUGUUCGCCUGUUCGGUUAAAUAGAGAAACUGACUCUUAAUUAUAUAAAAGUACCUUGAAUUUUUAAGUUUAAUUAAAAAGCAAAAUGCUCUGCGGACAUGUUCAUGAGAAUAUAAUUUUUUUGUGUAACGAAAUGUACAACACUUGUCAAUCAUAUUGCAUGUGUGUCUAAAAAUAACAUGUGGGCGUCCCACGGUCUAGACAGGUUUUGUGUCAGGCCCUAUUUCAAAUUAGGGCCUGAACUUCAGGUUACCUUUAGCCCGGCUACUUUUCGAACAGUAUUUGGCUCUGAGCAUGCGCAAGGCCUAACCUCGAAAAUGAAAGUAAAUAAUAGUUGAGACGUUGAAGGCGUUGUCGUUCGAAAUGGCUUUGAAUAUGGCUUUAAAUCCUGACUAAUUUCGCUCAUGAUACGAUGGCUUGUUGCGGUGGCGGUUAUCCGGAAGAUCGUUUUCAAACUUCAGUCGAUAAAAAUUUCUUCUGUCCAAUCUGUACGGACGUAUUGAAAGACCCAGUACAAUGCCACAACCAACACCUUUUCUGCAGAGCCUGUAUAACAGAGCAUCUUAAGAAUUCCCAUAAUUGCCCCGUUUGUAUGCAAGAACUCACGGAAGAAGCGUUAUCCAAGCCAGCAAGAAUUGUGACAGGCUAUCUCGAUGGUUUGAAGAUCAGUUGCGAGCACAAGGAACGAGGAUGUGUUGAAUUGGUCGAGCUUGGCCUUCUUGAAACUCACAUUACCGUGUGCGAGUAUAAACCUGUAACGUGUCCUAACGAAAGAUGCGAGGCUGUUGUCAACAUGGCAGAUUUAGAGGAACACACGAGCGAGGUUUGCGAAUACAGACAAGUAUAUUGUGAAGAAUGUGACGAGAACAUGUCGCUGAAGAAAUAUGGAAAACAUGGCUGUUUUAUAACCAAAGAUGUUCAGGUAUUAUGGCGGAUUUCCAGUCCUCGCACGAAGCAGCUCGCUGCGAGUACAUGCAUGAGCACUUUCAUCCAAUCACAAUGCUUAAGAGUUAAUUUUAAUUAGAAGCAAUGAUUGCAAGCACUCGCAGCGAGCUGCGAGGAGCUUCGAGCGAAGACUGGAAAACCGCCUUUAUUUAAUUAACCUUAGCUUUUGCCAAAAAGUGGGCGGGCGGGGUCUUUUUCAAUUUAUACUAAUUUUUAACGCCUUGGUUUUAAGUCCGAAACUGGAUUUUCUUGCACAGUACAGAUAUUUUUUUAUAUAUUUCAAAAUAUGAUUCAUACCAUCAUUUUCGCACGCAAUCUUGCAAUUUAUUAACACAAUAGCCAAUUCCAGCUUUUAGUUUAUGCGUGCAGGGGAUGAUGGGAAGUAAGGUAUCAUAUUGCUGAUUUGCUGAAAAAAUAAAAAUGGUGGCCGUAUAAACACGGAGUUACAGCUUAUACUUGUAAAUAUUGAAAUAUUUUGGUUGUUUUGGCAGUUUUUAUUGACAUUUUCAGCAUAAUCAGCAAUAUGAUACCUUACUUCCCAUCAUCCCCUGCACGCAUAAACUAAAAGCUGGAAUUGCCUAUUGACUACAGUCAACAAAAAUACUACAUAUAUUAGAGCCUGUUGAUCAAUAAAAGUUAGGGUUUUUUUUAUAUAAAAAAUAAAAAAAGUCUUGAGCGGGGCCUUUUUUGUAGGUGGGCGAGGAUGCUAACUAACUAUUUUUUUAUGUGGCCUAAUUUGUUCAUUUUUCCUUUAAUAACCCUGAGGAAAAUUGCAGAGAUCAAACGAUGCUGACAGGCUUCAUCCCUCGACCUUCAGAAAUGACUUUGGAGUCACCCUUCAGAAAAACUCAUCGGGGGGAGAAGGGUAAAUGAAAUGGCCCAUUAGUAAAUUGACCUUGGACCAUUCCAUUUAAAGUACACCCCCCCCCCCCCUAUGGAUGAGUUCAAUAAAAUUUGUACCCCUCAGAAAAAACUUAAAGAUCAAAGGAUGCCGAUGCACACAACCCCUCAGAAACGGCUUUUUCAAAACCCUCAGAAAUUCUCGCCCAUAGGGGGUGUAUACAUUAAAUGGAAUGGCCCCUUCUGUAGUAAUAUUUUUAUUCAAAUAUUGUAAUAUUUAACAAAAUUCACCCUAAUUGGCUGCAAUGUUUUAUAUAUAACAAACUAUCUAUUGAUCUAUCAGGCAAUGAAGGGAGAAUUGUCUCAAAUGCAACAUCAGGUCAAAGAGAUGUUUAACACGCAGAAAGAAAUGCUCGAAGCAUUCCGAAAUCUUACAACUGCCUAUAAAAUGAGCACAGCAAAAGGCAAAGCUGCAUCCACCUGUGACACAAAAGGGAACAUUGUUGUCCUUGGUGGGCAAAAUGGUGUAUUACUGAGCAGUAGUUGGCUCAAUUCUGUUGAAAUGUACUCCCUGGCUAAUAGGACAUGGCACAAAUUAGCACCAAUGCAACAAAAGAGAGCAGCUGCAACUGCACAUUUUUACAAUGGCCAAGUCAUGGUUACUGGCGGAAGUUAUAGUGGGCGCAGUGCAACUUGGAGUAUAGAAUACAUCCAAAUCCCUGGAAAAGAUUUGCCAGUCAGAGCUUCCCUAGAUGCCCUUCCUGCAGCUGAAUUGCCAUUUGAAUGCUUUGGUCACAAGACAACCAUCCUAAAUGAUCAUCUAUGGCUUGUUGGAGGUAGUAGCUUUAGUCCACUCUCGUGCUCAAAUGGCAUUUACAUUAAGCCUAUUCACUCAACUGGUAUUUUCCAGGUUAAGUGUCGAAUGCCUAAACCACUUUCGUACCAUGCUUUGGAAGUAGUUGACAAUGAAAUUCUAAUCAUUGGAGGAUCAACCACUGGUAUUUCACGGGACAAUGUUAAGACUGUUUUGUCAUACAAUACAGCCACCAAUGCACUUGGAGAAUUACAUCCACUGCCAUUUCCAAUGGUUGUUAUGGCAACUGUUAAACAUGGUGAUGAUGUAAUCAUUAUUGGAGGAAGGAACAAGGAUUGUGAGUAUUUGAACACAGUUUUCAAGUACAACCAUAAGAAGCGUGUAUGUGAGCAAUUACCAGGAAUGAAAUACAAAAGAGGAGGAUGUGCCGCUGUUAUUUCUGGAAACAAAGUGUUUGUGAUGGGAGGAUACAAUGACGAGCAACGAUACCUAAGUUCUGUCGAGUGUUUUGAUCUUGAGCGUCAGGUGUGGCAUGAACUUCCAUCCAUGAGUGAAGCAAAAUAUAAAAUAGCUGCAGUUUUAGUGCCAUAAGGGAUUGCCUUUGUCACAAAGGUUUACAGCUAGGGAAUGCGAUGACACAACUGUCUUUUGUCCACCCUUUGAACAAGUAUUUUUGAAUGUGGAUGGGCAAGUCGAUGUUAAAACAUAAAACAAAAUUCCAUUAUUUUGUCUUUAGUAAAUUUUGUUAUAACGUAUUGACGUUUAGCGGUGUUAAUACAAGCAUUUUAGUUUUGAGUUUUAGUACGAGAGCACUUUCGCCAAAACUUCACCCACUGCCACCCCCAAAAAAUUCUUGAUUUUUGGAUAGGAAUGUAUCCAUUUCCCAAUAUUAGUUGAAAAAAUUAUAUAUUUAUUUUAUAUGCUUUUCAUGCAUUUACGACCUUGUCCAGGAAUUAUACACAACAAAGAGGAUAUGUAUACUUUAUAUAACAUAGCAUAUAUAGGAUCAUCUCCAGUCUACUAUUUAAUUGUCUAAUUGUCUCAAUUCCCACAUUUAGACAUCACUUUAGAGCAAAUAUAUAACUGUUUUAAACAGG